AUGGCACAGUACUUUUCUCGCUUAUCAUGCGGGUCCGAAGACGAUCUCAGUGACUCUGACGAUUUCGCGUUGGGCGCAUCUGGAGGAUACGAUCGCCGAUCCUACGGCUUGAUGGGAGGCCAAAACCCAACGAUGGCAUAUGACGACGCUUCACACAUGUCGCAACGACCAGGCAUGUCUUUGAACAGCCUAGAUUCAGCUGGUAGUGUCCUCUCCAUGAGCGGAAUGUCUGGCAAUGACCCACGACAAGGAUCAAAUCCUUUUGUCAAUAGCCCAGCGCCAUCGAUCGCCCGAUAUGGCGUGUUUUCGAACAGCCAAGAGCCAGCUAUGAGUCCACGUAGCUAUACAAAUGAUGAACCACUGGGACGAUCGUUGUUCGCCCACCUCGAAGCUCCACGGACUGCCCAAGCCUCCGCUUCAUCUUCGAAUGCCUCCGCUGACGGAUUUGAGUAUGGUCGAAUGGCUUCAAAUGCCUCGAAGAACUGGACGCCAUGUCACGGCAGCACUCGUGCUAGCCCACCAAUGAAACGAGCAGUGGCUGACAUGCCACUCCCAAGCAGCAAGCCUGCCAGUCAGCCAAAGCUAGCGGAGCCGACACCGGCAUCGGUCCCAGGGCUGCGAGCUCGGUGGUCACCGUUUGACUUUAGAGCGGUUUAUGAUACCGCUGGAUACCCUGGUCAUGUCGAUCCGGCCGCGUUGAACGACGAGCGUGAACGAAAUGCUUGGGGCUGGGUUCAAGAGCAGCUAGACCUUCGGGCUGCCGACAUUGAGCAGCAAGGAUCUCGCCGACUUCGUGGUGCUGACUUCAUCAACGUCGGCCCUCUGCCAGAAACCGCGCUGGCAUUCCUGCCAUUAUACCGUGGCAUGUGGGAUAUAUAUCUUGCCCAAGAAGCCCGUCGCAAGGCAGUGUUGGGCGAUACGCCUCCUGGUGAUAAGGACAUAGCUGCCAAUCUAGCUGGUCUGUCCAUCUCUGGCGGUGCUUCCCCCAAGACAUCCGCACAAGGCGAUCGGAAUCGCUUGAGCCAACAGCCCAAGAGCGGCACAAACCCCACGGCGACCUACGCCAGCGCGGCAGUAUCUGCCCAAUCUGGAUCUGUAUCAGGUGAGGGUUUCACCACGGUGCAGUCGAAGAGCGUCAUCCAAAGGACCAAAAAGGACGCUCAAAUGAACGCUUCACGAAGGGCUCGCAGGACCAACAACCCUGCUCAUCCCACAGAAGUCGAAGAGGACUUCUCUAGAUGGUAUGCCCUUCCACAGGGCAAGAUGCCACCAAAGCACAUGGAGUACAACUGCGGCGUCCGCAGAUCAGGUAGAUUGGACUUUACCAAAUACAAUGGCACAGCACGGAUGGACUUGAAUCUGUGCGCAUAUCACUUCAGCGACGAUCCGCACGUCAAGUGCAGGAAGGGUGCCGCUGACUGCUUCUGGCGUCACUGGAGCAUCGAAGCCGGACCAGACGGGAAGGAGAAUUGGGUCGACCAAGCCUGGCUGGGGCGCAUCAAGGCUAAGAAGGGAUACAAGCAUGAGUACCCACCAGACCACUUCUCUUGCCGGAAACAGUAUGCGGGCAUACCGCGAUACUACAACAACGGAGAUGUCAUCCUCCCAGGCGGUACAAUUGUAUCGCAUGACGACUACGGCUCGCUCUCUGAGCGCCACAAGAUGGUACUGGACUACCAAACAGCAUAA